AUGGACAAGGCUAGUCAAGUGUUGGCGAAGGGCCUUCCGCCUGCCGUACCCACUUCUUAUCGUGCUCUUAUAGACUAUAGCGAGGUUCCUCGCUCCACCCUUCAUGCCCGUGCCCAAGGCCGCCGCUCGAUAGAAGAGAAGGCCCAGAGCCAACAGUAUCUCAGCCCGUGGGAAGAGGACGCGCUAGUCAAGUUCCUCCUACAGAUGUCUAAUCUAGGGCAGCCCGUGCGGAUCAAGUUCAUACCCUUCCUCGCCUUCUGCGUUGCCCGCCAGCGAUCUAAGCGAGCCCGACCACUGAAGCCACCGAACAAGAACUAG